UACAACAGUUAUCAACAGCCGGUGGUCGCAAUCAGGUGAUUGAGGUGCGAUUGUGUUGAUAACAAUGAGUGAAUGGCUAGCUGUUGACCCGUACGAUCUUUGUGAAGGGUUGGAGAAGGUAUCUGUUCACUUCGAAGACAAAAAGCUGAUUGAAACGGCAAAAGAAUUCAAGUAUGUAAGAUCGAACAUACCUCACAAAGACACUCCUCUGCACGACUUUGAGACUCAAAUUUCUGGAUGUAACUGUCAGACAAUGUGCACCGAAGCCUGUCUGUGUAAUGCAAGAUUUGGACCAAACUAUUCAACCAACCACAAAAUCUUACCUGAACUCCUCACAGUGUCCUCAGUGAAACCUAUAUUUGAAUGUAACAGCCAUUGCUCCUGUCAUAAGACAUGUGUUAACAGACUUGUACAGUUUGGAGUUGGUAUCAAAAUGGAAGUCUUCACAUCAGAAGCUAAGGGACAUGGCUUAAGGACGUUAGAAGACAUUCCAAGUUUUUCAUUUGUUUGUGAGUAUGCUGGUGAAGUGUUAUCUGAUAAAGAGGCACAAAAAAGAAUUGAUUGUCUCACCCAAGAAGAUAUGAAUUACUUGUUUGUACUGAAAGAACAUUAUUCUUCAGGAACUGUGAACACUUGUGUUGAUCCGAAAUAUAUUGGAAAUAUUGGACGAUAUAUGAACCAUUCCUGUGAUCCAAAUCUAAUAAUGGUUCCAGUAAGGGUGGAUAAUAAUGUGCCGAAAUUAGCCCUUUUUUCUCGAUGUGAUAUUCCAGCCAAUCAGGAACUUUGUUAUGACUACAGCGGCCAAUCAGAUGACAGGAACUGUACCGAAGUUGAUGAAGGAACCAGGAAGCCAUGUUUGUGUCUCUCCAGUAACUGUAGGGGGUACCUACCAUUUGAUCCCCAUAUUCUUGAAUGAUGGCACAGCAAUAAAGUAGUGUCAGAAAAUGAAAGGAUUAUUGUCGAUGUUGAGUGAAUGUGAAUUUUUACUGGAAAUCGUGGUGUACUUCUGUCUUUUCUCAUGCAUACACGCACUUUACCAUAAAAAUUUGGUGUUUUGUUACCUUUGUGCCUGAGUCAUGACCUGCGUACGUUUUUUUCAUCAAGGUUCAACGGAGGUAACUCUCUCACUUAAACCUUAAAGUGUAUUUUGGCGAUAAAACACUUUGUGAUUCA